CUCUAAUUUUGAAAAAAGGGAUUUUUUAUUAGAACUUUUUUUUUUCUCUCUCUCUAAAGCCAAUAACUCAAGAGGGCGAGGUUGUGGAUUUUGCCACUAACCGUCAAAACCGCUACUCAGUAAAGUGGGAAGAAACAAAAUCCAGUGUUCGCUAGCGCACAUAACUCAUCAACUCUUUUACUUCCAAUGUAACUAAGAAAUGAGCCACAAUAAUCUCUCAUCCAUUGAUCAAAAUCCAAUGGCUAACCUUCUCACACUUUCAUGGAGCCGACCAUAGAGAAGCAUAAGCAAAAAUAAAAAAAGUUCAAAACAUUCUCACAUCCCUAUUUGACGCUGCCCUUCGCUUUGAAGAAGACAGUGAAAACAGAGUUGCAGAGAAGAGAGGGAUUGUUCAAAAAUGGAAAGGCAAAAUGGAGUGAACAUGAAGAAAGGGCCAUGGACUGCUGAAGAAGAUGAGAUUCUGGUCAACUAUGUCAAUAAGUUUGGUCCAAGAGACUGGAGCUCCCUUCGAUCCAAAGGACUUCUUCCCAGAACUGGGAAAUCUUGCCGUCUCCGUUGGGUUAAUAGACUUCAACCCAACUUGAAGACAGGAUGUAAGUUUUCAGCAGAGGAAGAGAGGGUGGUGAUCGAAUUACAGGCGCAAUUCGGGAACAAAUGGGCGAAAAUCGCGACGUAUUUGGAGGGAAGAACAGAUAAUGAUGUGAAGAAUUUCUGGAGUACAAGGAGGAAGAGAUUAGAAAGGAUUUUGCAGAUCCCACCACAGAAAUCUCAGAAAAACAAACAGAGGAGUUUGGAACCUCAAGGACUCUAUGAAUUGCCUGCUUUAGAGGUUCCUAGCUCCAGCUCCUCUCAGCUGGAUGAACAAUCAUCAACCUGGAAGGAUCAUUUGGAGAAUGCUUUCCAAUUAGGAAACUCAGAGAUGCAUAAAAUACCAUCGCUAUCAGUACAGUCAAAUAUGCUUACUAUGGAAAAUGAAAAUCAAGUAUUUGGAACCCCAUCCACACACAUGCUAGCAGCACCCUUUGACCCUUUUUCUCAUUGUUGCAUCUCCCAAUUCACACAUUCCUCGCAAGAGAUUGGAAUGUUUCCAGACUGCCAUGGACUGGCUCCGAACCACGCUCCUUUCAAUUUGCAAGACGUGUUUGAGCCAGGCGAGCCUUCGGAAACAAACAGUUCCCUGAACUUCAUGAGCAGUUCAAUGCCUAAAGAACAAGAGAUGAAGGGAGAAAGUAAUUUAGAAGUUAAGAAUGAAAACUCUUACCAAGCAACUGCAGAUGACUGCUUUGAUGAUUUCACAGCUGAUUUAUUUGAUUUCUUUGAUCAGCCUCCUCCUUCAUUGAACUAG